AUGAAUGUCACAAGUUUUCACGCUCCCAUCGAAAUCAGACGUACUUCUACGUCAAAAAAACCCUGCCGACCGGACAGUAUCGACAUUCUGAAAUCCAACAAUCCCAUAUUCUUCACCUAUGUCGGCAAACAGGAUGGAAUUCUGUGGGAUAUUUUCUACAGUGCAGCGGAAGUCUAUCGACCGCAUAGUUAUUUCUACGCAACUUCAGUGGAGAUAGCCAAGAGACAUUUCGACAUUGAUACCGUGCCAGCGGCCUUAGUCUACAAAGAACGAAAUCACUUCUACUUCCCAUACUCGGACAACUUCGAGUUGAUCGAACCUGUUCACCUAAACGAAUCCCUGUUCAGAUGGGUCAAUGAAGAGCGGUUCACGACAUUCCCGAAGGACCGGAGCAAUAUUCACCACAUCCUACAAACUAAGAAGUACCUCGUGCUGGCCGUGGUGGAAGAGAACAAGCUGAGCGAGAUUGCCGCCCAUGAGCAGGAGUUCCGCGAUAUGGUGGAGAUAUUCGUCCACAAGAACAAACACAAGUAUCACAGUCGCUUCCAGUUCGGUUGGGUGGGAACACCCGAUCUGGCACACUCCAUAGCCAUGGAUAAACUAGCCACGCCGCAUUUGAUAGUGCUGAAUGCUAGCACCAACGAGCACCACAUACCGGAGGACGAUCCUCUACAGUUGACCCCGGAGGCUAUCGAACUAUUCUUGGAUAGUAUUCAUAAUCAGACCGCUCCGGCCUUCGGCGGAAACUCGCUUCCGGUGCGGAUCUAUCGGGCCUGGUUCGAAGCCAAGCACUCGCUGUACGAGAUGUGGAUGGGCAAUCCGGUGCUGACCUCAGUUCUGUUCGGCCUUCCCUUGGGCUUCCUCUCGUUGAUACUGUACUCGAUCUGCUGUGCGGACAUCCUGGACGCCGAGGAAGAAGAGGAGGAACCCAAACACGAAAAAAAGGAGUAAGCUGUUCCGGGACUCGGUGUCAUCCCUGCUUUGGAGCAUAGUAUUGGUAGUGACAUGA